CAUACAUUUGAAGAAAUGACCGUCAUCAAAUAUUGUUAUCCGUGUCUCCUCCCCGUUCUUUUGAUCGGAGUGCGAGGACUUAAGAAUGUAUCCAUCGAUAUUCCAUUGGCCGUAGCAGAUGGCACCACCGUCAAUAUGAGUUGCGGAUACGAUCUAGAAUCAGAUACUUUGUACACAGUGAAAUGGUACUACAAACGUUUUGAAUUUUUUCGAUACAUUCCUAAAGAAAUGCCACCUACAAGUGCUUUUGGAGAAUUGGGUAACAAAGUUCUCUUAAAUCAAAGUGAUGCUCAUCGCGUAGUUUUAAGGGACUUGCAACCAAGCCACACUGGAAAAUAUCGCUGUGAAGUUUCUGGCGAUUCCCCAUCGUUUACUACUAUAACGGUCGCCGCUUACUUAUAUGUUGCUAAUUUACCAAAAGGGGAUCCUCAAAUUAGAGCCGAAAAGAUACGCUACGCGGUAGGAGACACGGUGCGUGCAAAUUGCACCGUUCCUUCGGGAAAUCCUCCGGCGAAUGUGACAUGGACUGUGAAUGGAGUACAGGUAAAUUCCAGCUUCAUGAUGAACAUUACGGACAAGUUUGGUGACAAUCAGCAAUUGAUGACUAUCGCAGGAUUGGAUUUCGAGACUAUACAAGAUAGCUUUAACAACGGAAGAUUACAUAUUGUUUGCAAUGCUAAUGUCUUUCAUUUGUAUAAAAAACAAGCCGAUGUUAUUUUGAUCGAGGAACGGCCACGUCUGGCAUCAGUAUUAGGAACCCGAGAAUCUUCUUAUAUUGGGCAUGCAUCAACGCAAUUCACACAAACUUCAUUUGAAAAAUGGUUUAUUGCCUCAACUGCUCUGUUACUACGCCACUUCAGAUAACAACGAUGAACCUGUUAUUCACCCAAUAUGCAUAUGACUGUAUUGAAAUGGAGAGGGCAAAUUGUUUGUAAAAUUUUAAAACUUAAGUGAGACGAGGAAAGAACGACAAAUUUUUUGGUUAAUAUAAAUAUCGACCGUAUGUUAUUCGUGUAAAUAGGAUAAAAAAAUUAGCUAAUUAUCUACGUGAAAUUGCGACCUGCGCUGUCUCAUUGGAACGAGACAAAUUUAUAAUCUAAAUAACAUGUCAUAAUAUUAUGUAUUAGAUUGACAAAGUGUCGCGCCAAAGUGUUCGAAAAUUUAUUUCAAUACUAUUAUACCAUGUUUUCUAUCCUCUAACAAUGAUUUUGAUACAUUUAAAAAAUCUUCCGUAAAAUAUAGCUGCCAGAAUAUAUCAUCUCACGUUUAUAGGUAAAAGUUGUUAUUGUUUGUGAAUAAAGUUUUACUUAAGUGAAAAACAAAUAAAUAAUUCACCUCUGUUA